UCCGGCGGCUCGUCUGUGGGGGUCCGGGUGUUCUCAGUCGGCCGCUACCAGGUCACCCUGGAGGAGUCUCUGGCCGAAGGUGGAUUCUCCACAGUUUUCCUGGUGCGGACGCAUGGUGGUGUCAGAUGUGCAUUGAAGCGAAUGUAUGUCAAUAACAUGCCAGACCUCAACAUUUGUAAAAGGGAAAUUACAAUUAUGAAAGAACUAUCUGGUCAUAAAAAUAUUGUGGGGUAUUUGGACUGUGCUGUUAAUUCAAUUAGUGAUAAUGUCUGGGAAGUGCUUAUCUUAAUGGAAUAUUGUCGAGCUGGGCAGGUUGUGAAUCAGAUGAACAAGAAGCUGCAGACAGGUUUUACGGAACCAGAAGUGUUGCAGAUAUUCUGUGAUACCUGUGAAGCAGUUGCAAGGUUGCAUCAGUGUAAGACUCCAAUAAUUCACCGGGAUUUGAAGGUAGAAAAUAUUUUGUUGAAUGAUAGUGGAAGCUAUGUGCUUUGUGACUUUGGCAGUGCCACAAAUAAGUUUCUUAAUCCUCAAAAAGAUGGAGUUAAUGUAGUAGAAGAAGAAAUUAAAAAAUAUACAACUCUGUCAUACAGAGCUCCUGAAAUGAUCAACCUUUAUGGAGGGAAACCCAUCACCACCAAGGCUGAUAUCUGGGCACUGGGAUGUUUACUCUAUAAACUUUGUUUUUUUACUCUUCCUUUUGGUGAGAGUCAGGUUGCUAUCUGUGAUGGCAGUUUCACCAUCCCAGACAACUCUCGUUACUCCCACAACAUACAUUGCUUAAUAAGGUUCAUGCUUGAACCAGAUCCAGAGCAUAGACCUGAUAUAUUUCAAGUGUCCUAUUUUGCAUUUAAAUUUGCCAAAAAGGAUUGCCCAAUCUCUAACAUCAAUAAUUCUUCUAUUCCUUCAGCUCUUCCUGAACCGAUGACUGCUAGUGAAGCAGCUGCUAGGAAAAGCCAAAUAAAAGCCAGAAUAACAGAUACCAUUGGACCAACAGAAACCUCAAUUGCACCAAGACAAAGACCAAAGGCCAACUCUACUACUGCCACUCCUAGUGUGCUGACCAUUCAGAGUUCAGCAACCCCUGUUAAAGUCCCUGCUCCCAGUGAAUUUGGUAACCACAGACCAAAAGGAGCACCAAGACCUGGAAAUGGCUCUGAAAUUUUAUUGGGCCAGGGGCCUGCUCAGCAGCCACCACAGCAGCAUCGAGUGCUUCAACAACUGCAGCAAGGAGAUUGGAGACUACAGCAGCUCGGCCCGCGCCGUCGCCGGCAGCAGCAGCAGCAGCAGCAGCAGUCGCCACAGCAGCUGCUUCAGGACUCUUACAUGCAGCAGUAUCAGCAUGUAAUGCAGCAGCAACAGAUACUUCAACAACAGUUUUUAAUGAAUGCAGUUUAUCAGCCACAACCUUCUGCAUCACAAUAUCCUACAAUGAUGCAGCACUAUCAGCAAGCUUUCUUGCAGCAGCAGAUGCUAGCUCAACAUCAGCACUCCCAGCAGCAGUCGUCAUCACCUGAGUAUCUUACCUCCCCUCAAGAGUUCUCACCAGCCUUAGUUUCCUACACUUCAGCACUUCCAGCUCAAGUUGGAAGCAUGAUGGAUUCCUCUUAUGGUGCCAAUAGGUCAGUUGCUGGAAAAGAGGCAGUUGCAAAUUUCACAAAUCAGAAGAGUAUCAGUAACCCACCUGACAUGUCAGGGUGGAAUCCUUUUGGAGAGGAUAAUUUUUCCAAGCUAACAGAAGAGGAAUUAUUGGACAAAGAAUUUGACCUUCUAAGAUCAAACAGGCUGGAGGAGAGAGCAUCCUCAGAUAUGAAUGUAGAGCCACUUUCUGCUCCACAUAAUCAUCCUCCAGAAGAUCCUUUUGGUUCUGUUCCUUUCAUUUCCCACUCAGGUUCUCCUGAAAAGAAAGUUGAACUUUCAUCUGUGAAUCAAGAAAGCAGCAUUGCAAACGCUAUUAAGAAUGGAAAAGCAAGUCCAGUAUGUAAAGAUCAGCGGGCUGGAAAGAAACCCAUGGACACUUCAUCGGUACAAGGCCAAGUGCAGAAGGGGAAUGAUGAAUCUGAAAGUGAUUUUGAAUCAGAUCCCCCUUCUCCUAAGAGCAGUGAAGAGGAAGAACAAGACGACGAAGAAGUUCUACAGGGAGAACAAGGAGAUUUUAAUGAUGAUGACACGGAACCAGAAAAUCUCGGUCAUAGGCCUCUCCUCAUGGAUUCUGAAGAUGAGGAAGAAGAGAAACAUAGCUCUGAUUCUGAUUAUGAGCAGACUAAAGCAAAAUACAGCAAUGUGAGCCCUGUCUACAGAGACAAGUAUGGCAGUGGACCAACCCAAGACCCUAACAUAACACUCCUCACUCCUGCCCAAUCACCUGCUGAUGUUGGGGUAGAGACUUCCAAACCUGAAUUUGAUGUAUUUGGUGCCGUGCCCUUCUUUGCAGUGCACACUCAACAUCCCCAGCAAGGAAAGAACGAAAAGAACCUCUCUCAACAGAAGUUUCCUACUAUGGGACUAGAACAGGAGGAAUAUGAUGUGUUCACAAAGGCACCCUUUAGCAAGAAGGUGAAUGUACAAGACUGCCAUACUGUGGGGCUGGAGGCACAUACUCUUCCUAGUUGUCCCAAAAGUGUAGAUAUAUUUGGCUCUACUCCAUUUCAGCCCUUUCCCACAUCAAUAAGUAAAAGUGAAAGCAGUGAGGACCUUUUUGGGCUUGUGCCCUUUGAGGAAAUAACAGGGAAUCAGCAGCAAAAAGUCAAACAGCGUAGCUUACAGAAACUGUCCUCUCGACAACGGCGCACAAAGCAAGAUAUAUCAAAAAGUAAUGGGAAGCGGCACCAUGGCACACCAACUAGCACAAAGAAGACUUUGAAGCCUACCUAUCGCACUCCAGAGAGAGCCCGUAGACAUAAAAAAGUGGGCCGCCGAGACUCUCAAAGCAGCAAUGAAUUUUUAACCAUUUCAGACUCCAAGGAGAACAUUAGCAUUGCACUAACUGAUGGGAAGGACAGGGGAAAUGUCCUACAACCGGAGGAGAAUCUGUUGGACCCCUUUGGUGCCAAGCCCUUUCAUCCUCCAGAUUUGCCAUGGCACCCCUCACACCAGGGCCUGAAUGACAUCCGUGCUGAUCACAAUACCGUCUUGCCUGGGCGGCAAAGACAGAAUUCACUACACGGGCCAUUCCACAGUGCAGAUGCGUUGAAAAUGGAUGAUUUUGGUGCUGUGCCCUUUACAGAACUUGUGGUACAAAGCAUCACUCCACAUCAGUCCCAACAGUCCCAACCAGUCGAAUUAGACCCAUUUGGUGCUGCUCCAUUUCCUUCUAAACAGUAGAUACUUCUGAUGGAUUCUUGGCAUUAACUCCUGUUUCAAAAAAUUAUGAACAGUUUUAUGAAUUUGAAAGGUCACUUAUUUGUAUAGCUCUUUAUAUCAUUCAUUCUUAUAGCUCAAUCAGAAUAGGUGAUUUUGAAAUAAACCAAAUAGAAAAAGAAAGUAUCUGUACAGGGUAGUAACUUGAUGCCUCUUCCAGGCAGGAGAAAAGUGAGCUACAUUGAAAGCUCUUAACCAAGGGUUUCUGCUACUGACAUCACAACACAAAAAUGCAAGAAUGGUACUUCUGGUCAAAAGUACGCAGCACCUUUCCAGGGGUGUAGCCACUGAAAAGGGACAGUAAAACUAUCUUGUUAUUUUUGAUAUCAGAAUGUCACUUCUGUGUGCAUAUCCCAGGCUCAUUCCAGAUCCAGCAUUUAAAACUAGGGUUAUCUGUACACACACAGAUUAUAUUUGUGAAUUUUUAAAGGUCUCUUCUGAUUUUCAUACACACAAUAAAGAAUGUUGGGUUGUCUGAGAAGUCUGACACAUUUUUGCAUAGAAAAACAUAGAAUGAUAAUCAUGACUUUUCUGAUGAUCCUAGUUCUCACGAAGAUUAGAAAGUUAUUAUCUGGAGUGUACAGAGAUUUCGGUCCAUACUGAACCUUUAUCUACAAAGCAGAGCCAGAAGUAACUAUUGUGCCUAAAACUUUUAUUUUUAAAAGCAAGUGCCAUUAAUAUGGAAUACUUAACUAUAUGAAAUAAUGCAUAUGUAAAUUAGCUUGAUUUUGCUAUUCCAGUGUAUACAAAUUUCAAAACAAAAACAUAUAAAUAUAUACAAUUUUUAUGUCAAUUAAUAAAUGUAAAGAUAUGAAAUAGUUAAAUAGAAGCCUAGAACAAAAAACAAACAGAAAUCUCAUUUGAAAAGUAUAAAAGAAAAAGAUGAUAAAAAAAUUUCAGCACUUCAGAAACAUGCUAUAUUUUCUUUCUGAAUGGCUUCUUCCUCUAAACUCUUAUUAUCAUGCUAAAAAAGUAGAUUAUUGGAAAAACUGGGAGGGAGUGAGGAUAAGGUUUAUAUAAAAAUUUUAGGAAAAAUAUGUAGUGGAAGCCCUGAUAUUUAAGACGUUUACAAUGUAAAAUCAUGUUGCAUUAGUAAUUACUUUAUUAAAUUACCACCUUUACCAAAUAUUCCCCAAGUCAUGAGCAACAAUUAUUUUAGGUAGGUUUGGAGGGUAGAAUAGUUUCAAUAAAAUGCACAGAACAGUGACACCCAUAAAGCCUUAUAGGCAGGACUCAUGUACCCUGCUAAAGUAUCCCUGCAUGAACACACCAGAUCCUAUGAUGUUUAUAAAGUAUUAGAUGAUGAGGGACUAGCUUCUUAAUUCUGCUAGUCGAUUGUGUCUUCAGUGCUAAUAACCCAGCUACCAAAUUGCCUUUUCUGUUCCCCAAUUAGAAACUUGAGAUUUUAUAGGAAUUGUGUUUAAUGAUAGAAAUGACAUAUAUGAAUUAAUGUGAGUACAUAUCUGUAUUUCCUGUGUCUGCAAGUAUUUUAAGUUAUAAUUAAUUGUCUUCUAUCAGAUUAACAUUUGAAGUUUCUAGAACUGUUAGAGUUAUUUCCAAAAGGGUGGAAACUCUUAUCAACUGGCACUCUCCUUGAUUGCUAUAUUUUAAAUUUAAUUCAAUUAAAAUCUAUUUUUAUGAGUAACCUUAUUAGGAUCUCUUCAUUAUAGUGCCCAAUGGGAUAAGCUAUUUGCCUAUUUUCACAGUUCUGAACCAGGAAAAAAAGGCAAAGUCUGGGUAUUAAACCACAUAACCAUUUUUUUAUUAUUUCUUUCUCCUCCUUUAUAUGCUAAAUCAGAUAUAAAUUUGUGGAAGAUAGGGAAACAAUAUGUGAAUCACAAUGUAGCAGAGGCAGACCAAGCAUUAUAAUACCACUUACAGUUGUAGUUUUCAAGCUGGACUGCACCAAUUUCUUGUCUUUGUGCCAAAGGCAAAUACUAUGUUUGCACCCUUUUUUCUGAUUCUCAGGUUAAUAUUGCUAAUGCAAAUGCUCAAAUAGAUGAUCUUUAAAACAAAACGGAUUCAAGUAAUACUUUCUUUUUAAAAUGAAGAGUUGAUUACAUAUAGUAAAUUUAUGAACUACAGUAGGUUUGUUACCACUUUUUUUGGUUUGUUUUAAGUGAAAAUCUGUUGGUUGAUGUGUCCACAGUAUGCUUCUUUGACUGUUUGAAGUACUUGGUCUCUGCUAAACCUCAUGAAUUUUGUCACAGAAGGAGCAGUGGAUGAACCAACGUGGUCUCCUUGGGAUAUAAACAUAAAAUACUGGCUUUUCAAUACACUGAAUAGUUUUAAAUGAUUCAGGCACUAAUGUAGAUCCUUUGGGCUUAUAGUAUUAGAUAAAUUCUAAGGAAAACAAGAUUUACAUUUGCUUGUUACAGCCCAGCCCAGUGACUUUGCUCUUUUGAGAUGGUAGCUCAGAGCAAAGUUUGUAGGAUUCAAUAGGAAAUCCAGUGGUCUAGAAAUGGGGAGACCAUGUUGAAGUAGAGGCGUUUUCCCAAGGAGUGUGGAUUUAUACUUUCUGUUUUCAUUCAUCCCCUCCCACCACCAUGGUCAAAGUGUAGUUCAUUCCACAUACUUGAUGCCCAGGUAAUUAAUUCCCUAUGACAAUUGUGAGAAUAAAGCUCCUAAGACAUGUGAAAGCACUUAACACAGUACCUGGCAGGCAGCACUCAGUAGAGUUUGGCUCUAUUAUGGGAUGGUCUAAUUCUGGUUUAAGGAAAGUUGAAAUUUUUUUUCUAGUUAUUAUGUGGGUGUUCCCUGUGCUUCAAUAGGGUGUAAAAUAGUCAUAACUUUAAGCCUGUUAUACUUGAACAUCACUAAGGGAAGUAAAAUAAUAUGAAGCUAGCAGAAAUCUUAAGGCCAAAGUUGUUUCCUAACAGCUUUAAUAAAGAUUAUUGAUUUUGAGUAAUCUUUUUAAAAAAGUGGACCAUUUGGUUAAUUAUUUUAAUAUCACUUCAGUAAAAAUAUUAUUAAAAAGAUCAGCUUUUAUGGCAUUAAAGAAUGUAUCUGCUAAGACACAAAAAUUGCUUGGUAUACAUAUUAGGUGGAGGAGAUCAGGUGGUAGGCUGGAUGAAAAUAUAACUGGCUAGAAUAUUUAUUCAGAAGUGUACUCCCCAUCCCUGUGUAUGUGUGUAUUUGGGCACAGUUAGGACACUAUCUGGAUUUGCAGAUGAUGCAUCUUUUGACCCUACCCUGUACUGAAACAGUGUUAGACUGUUGUCUUCAUCUUGUCAGUGGAAAAUCCUAAAGUGGAGCUCACUCUACUGUGCUGAUGUCCAAUAGGUAGGGUGGUGUUCUGACUAGUCAGCUACUCUGCUUGAUUUGUUCUAAGGUUUUGGUACUACAUAUGAGCACUCUUGGAAGGUACAAGUGUAUCAGUAUCACUAGUUCUGAGGAGUUUGGGUACAUAUGUUUUAAUAUAUGUAGAAUGUGCAGUGAACUCUUUUUGUUGUUUUACUUUUCUUUUUAGCAAAACUACUCUUACCAUUUUAGGUCCAAUUGUUGAGUUGACAGUCUACUGUGAGAAUGAGAAGACAUAUCUACUGUGAGAAUAACAUAAGUGAUAGUUUAAUUUUAAACCUUUUAUACUCAGUGGUGUUUUAUAUAUUAAGAUAAGAAUAUAUAUACACACACAUGCAUGCACAUGUCACAUCUCUACUGCGGAGUUAAUGUGAACUUUUAAAAAUGGAAUUGCAACCACAAUCAUUAUCUAAAACCACAUUCACUCCUAGUGAAGGUUUACAAAAGCCACUAAAAAAUAAGAUUGAUAAAAAUGUAAAGAAUCAUCAUUGGGGGUUAUUUUUAUUUUUAAAUUUAUAGUGCUACUUUUGAAUGAGAAUUGUUUUUUAAUAUGACUAUGCUCCUUUUGUGAUUGAAAAGACAAUAGUAUAGAAGCUACUUUUUAAAUUGCUGGCAAACAGCAUUAAGUGCACUUUCUUUGAUUACACUUCCAAUUUUUGUUAAACUUGAAUUUUCUGAAGCCUUUUAUUGUACCACUAAGCAAGUAACUUUAACCUUUAAAUAAACAGGAUUUAUGUCUUUAUUAUAUUUCUAAUUGUUAUAAAACACACUUGCAAAAUAGCUGGGAAACUGUUCUGAGGUAGAAUCAGUUGCUUCCCCUGCCCCUGUAUCUAAUGAAGCACUAACUGAUUUUAUUACUUUAUUGCCUUUACAUUGCUUGUUCUUUUUGACUGAAAUUGUCUCUGAUUCACUUUGUUUUGUUUGAAAUUUAAAGUUAUUUUCUUACUGUAUUUAUCAUACCUACUGUUUUAAUAAUCUGCUUUCUUUAAAUACAAUAAAUCCCAAAUGGAUUGCAUAUUCUUUAUAAUCACUCUUUGGAGUUUUUCAUUAUUUGUCUUAUUAAAAGUUUUGGAUGUAAACUUC